UUGAUUUCGUUUAAAAGGCUCGGACUUGAGAUGUGGCACUUUUUAGAUGGUAAAAUGACAAAUUCAGCCCAAGUCAACAUGACUUUUAGGUGAUGAUUCUUAAAGUCUUCUCUUUCUACAGCUUCUACAGGCACAUUUAUUAUUAUAGAGUGUUUAUCCAUGCCAAAAAUCACCAAUUUUCUUCCUCUUCUUCCUCUGUUUCUUUAUGUUAUCCAAUAAUCAAACUCUUAAAUAUUUACUGAGGGCAAAAUACAUGGCUUGUUUGUUUAUCUUCUUUCAUGUCCUCUCCUAUGCAACUUCUUCUUCAUUUUCCUCUGAUACACUACAUGAAGGAGCCUCUCUUUCUGUACGAAAACCCGAUGAUGUUUUAGUUUCAUCAAAUGGUGUUUUCUCUGCUGGUUUUCACUAUGUAGGCCAAAACAGAUAUUGUUUUGCCAUAUGGUUCAAUCUUCCUCCCUACAACUAUAGUUAUGCAAAUCGCACUGUGGUUUGGAUGGCCAAUCGUGACAAACCAGUCAACAAUGGAAAGCACUCAAAACUCUCCCUGCAAAAAGAUGGCAAUCUUGUACUAAAUGAUGAUAGGCGGCUUAUUGUUUGGGCUACAGACACCGUAUCAGUAUCAUCAACCUUCUUACACCUCCUCGACACUGCUAACCUCGUACUGAAGGAUUAUUUCAAAGUCGAUGUUGUUUUGUGGCAAAGCUUUUAUUCAUCCACAGACACCCUUCUUCCACUACAACCAUUGACCAAGUCCACAAAGCUUAUCUCAUCAAGAAGCCAGAGUAAUUUCUCUACAGGUUUUUAUAUCUUCACUUUUAGUGAUGACAACCUUCUUAGAUUAAUUUUUGAUAAAAAUGAGGUUUCGAGUGUCUAUUGGCCUCCACUUUGGCUUUCAUUUUGGGAAGUUGGAAGGUCCACAAGCAACGACAGUAAAAUUGCAAUGUUAAAUUCGUUGGGCAAUUUUACUUCAUCUGAUGGUUUUAGAUUUUUAUCAACUGAUUAUGGUUCAAAUAUGGUUCAGAGAAGAUUAAGGAUGGAUGACGAUGGCAAUCUUCGAUUGUACAGUCGAAAAAUUGAUGGAAUAGGGUGGUAUGUUUCAUGGCAGGCCAUUUUAGAUCCAUGUAUGAUUAAUGGUAUUUGUGGGAUUAAUGGAAUCUGUACCAAUGAUCCCAGCUCUGGAAGAAGUUGCUCUUGUUUUCCAGGACAUAAAAUGAAAGAUCCUAGUGAUUGGACUGAAGGUUGUGUACAGAAAUUCAAUCUCUCCUGCGAAAAAAAAGACUCUAAAUUCAUCAAACUUGCCGGUGUUAGGCUUAAUGGCCAUGAUUAUGGCUUCUUUCCCAACUACACUCUUAGCCAAUGCCAAGAUUUAUGCUCAAGUGUGUGUAACUGCAGAGGCAUACUAUAUGCAUUUUCCGAGGACACUGGCACCUAUAACUACUAUCCAAAGACUUUGUUGCUUAAUGGAUACAGAACUACAAGAUUUUAUGGCGACAUCUAUAUGAGGCUGCCUAAAUCCUAUUACCUUCCACUUCCAGAGGACAAAACCUCCACAACUAAAGAGUCUGUUUUACAAUGCUUCGAUGAACCAGAAUUUACAAUUAAAGAAGAGGAAGAGGAGAAUGAUUUGGUGAAACAUUUGCUGUGGUUUUCUGUUGGAACAGGAGGAUUCCAAAUCAUUUGUUUUGUCUCCGUGUGGUCCUUGCCAUUUAUUAGAAGCAAAAGCAGAAACUCAGAAUCAGAUGGAGCUCACUACCUUAUUGGGGUAACAGCUGGAAUGUGCAGAAAGUAUAGCUAUGGUGAGCUUAAAAAGGCUACUCGGGGUUUUAAAGAAGAGAUUGGAUGGGGAUAUGGAGGAAUCGUUUACAAAGGUGUGUUACCAAAUGAUCGUGUUGCUGCAGUGAAGCUGCUCAUCAAUGAUGAAGCUAAUAAUCAUGACCAAGGAGAAGCUGAAUUUCUAGCUGAAGUUAGCACCCUCGGGAGAUUGAAUCAUAUGCACCUGAUGAAGAUCUGGGGAUACUGCACUGAGGGAAAGCACAGGCUUUUGGUGUUUGAGUACUUGGAGCGUGGGUCUUUGAAACGCAAUUUGUCUUCCAAUGUGCUUGAUUGGGGAAUGAGGUUUAAAAUUGCUUUUGGGACUGCUAAAGGACUUACUUACUUGCAUGAGGAAUGCUUGGAGUGGAUUUUGCACUGCGAUGUGAAGCCUGAUAACAUUCUUUUGGACUCUGAUUAUAGUCCAAAAGUAGCAGACUUUGGGCUGUGUAAGCUUCUAAAGAGAGGAGAGCUUAACAAGUCAGAAUUCUCAAGGAUUAGAGGAACCAGAGGGUAUCUGGCUCCAGAGUGGGUUUCUAAUCAGCCCAUCACUUCCAAAGUGGAUGUGUACAGCUAUGGGCUUGUUGUGUUAGAGAUGUUGACCGGGAAAAGCCCAACAACUGAUGUUCAAAUUGUAAACGAUACAGGAGAGAUAGAGGAUAAAAGAAGUUUGGUGAGUUGGGCGAGGAAGAAUAUCGAGGAAACUUCUUCUGAUGAAAUUGUAGUGUUGCUGGAAAAGAUCGUUGAUCCUUCUUUGGGGGAGGAAUAUGACUUGAAGGAGAUGGAGAAGCUUUUGGAAGUAGCUAUGAAAUGCGUGGAGGUAGAGAGAGGUGCUAGGCCUACCAUGAGGCAAGUUGUUGAGAUGCUUCUUGAUUAAUUAGCAUGCAACAACUUCUUCAAGCUCGGAUUUCCAUGUUCCAAUUAUGCCAAAAAUAUAUAUGGCAUUUCUCAUUUAACAUGGUAUUUAGCAUGCGAGUUAUUAGGGGGAAAAAAAGUGCAAGGUUAAUAAUGUUUUCGAAUUUUGUUUUAGCACUCAUAUUCUGUAACUGGGGCUUUUCCAUACUGGAAGGGGCCCAAUUUCUUGUGGUUUCGUAUGCAUAAGGGGUGAGCUUUUGAAAUUUGAUGCCUUUGAAUUUCAGGUUUAUGGGCUUUAGCCACCUUUUUGCACCAAAAAAAAAAAAAAAUUAAAAUUCAUGUGUAUGUGAUCCUUUUGAUCUUAAAAUACCCUGUAUUUUGUCUAUCUAA